AUAAUAAUAAUCGGCAACUUCAAUACUGCACAUGCGCAGUUCGUUCAUCCGGAAAGCCGUGUCCUGCUUGUAUUUUGUAGAAGAAACAGUAAAAAGCGAAUAAUCACUUCAACAUGUCAAGAACACCCAACUACCAUAGGAAUCCAUAUUCUGGGGGUACACCAUCAAGGAAUUCAGGAUUCUCUCCUUACCAAGGUCAAAAUAGAGGUUCGAUGGGCCCUCCUGGAGGACACAGGCAUGGCUACUUCAGUCCUCAACAAGGUGAGGCUCCCAUGAUUGGUGGAGGCAUAAUUCCAGGUCAGCGGUACCCCUCGCACAACAACUCCCCAUUCUCUACACCAUCAUUCCAGCAGUCGCCCUAUCAGCCGAACGCGGGAUCUUCUCCCCACGAAUCGCCCAACAGGGGAGGAGGGAGAGGGGGCUACCAGAGGAGAGACUCCAGGGGGUGGGGAAGGGGGCGAGGAGGAGGCGGCGGCGGACGAGGGGGUGGUGUCCAGUUUACGCCGUCUGGUAAUCAGCAGUUUCACAACAGGAAAAGAUUCUCGGGAGGAAGUCCGUACCAGAGAGGUCAGCAUGGUGGAAACUCAUCAGUCAUAGAGCGUUACUUCAAGCAAUCCAUGUUAGAGGAUCCGUGGAAGAAUCUUGUGGCCAAGAAAGCAUCUGUAUCAUCAUCAUAGCUGGACUAUUAGGGCACUGUAGACUGUACAAUUUCAGUGAUACGCGAGGUCAGGGGUCACCAUUGACUGUCCGGCUACCACCGUCACCAUUUGAAGCAAGUCAAUGAUUUUGCUGUAAUUUUUGUGUUGACCGUUAUUAACCUGAUCCUCAGUGAGUAUGGUGCAUGAGGUUAGUGGCCGUCAAUGACCGAUUGAGAAGGGCUGCCAAAACCAUAGCCGAUCAGUGAUGUUGCAUAAUCUUCGUAUGGACCGCUACCAUGAUCCUUAGUGACCAUUGACGACCAGACCAGUGGAAAAUGGAUAAUGGUCAAUGGCCAUCUGGCAGAUUAUACUGAGAGUUUAUGAUCCACUAUGUCAUCAACAAGACGGCAUUGAUAGCCCGACCAGACGCUCUGCGACAUCGUAUACUUAUGAAGUAUCAUGUUUUGUAAGUCAUUGAUGGUAUGUACCAGGUUAGGGUAUGAUGCAUAAUCUGUGAGAAGAUAUCCAUAUGUUGAAAGAAGAAACCCCCGCAGUGGUAACAUGAAAUUGCAAAGUGUCCUGUAAAGUCGAGAAGACACGGCGGAUUGUGAUCCUUUGUCGGCAGUGGGGACCUUUGUCAAAGUUGAUAAAUAGGGCAAGGGCUGUCACGUGUAGGUUGACUUGUUGGGACAACACCAAUUGUCAAUUAAACCCUGCUGAAAGGCAAGUGUUUAAAUAGUUGUCACUGUUUUCGCUUUGAAUAUAAGAACUGUAUUGUGCAAAUGUGCAAUUAUCACAAAAAGGUAAAUUAUUUUCAGUCCCAUAUAAUUUAUACUUUACAUUCAAGAUUGAAGCAAUGGGAGAAUGGUUUAUUUUCAGGGAUGCUAAAUCUCUUGGAUCAUGCUUCAUAAUCUUGGAAACCUGUGUCAUUUUUUUUUUUUUUUUUUUUUGGGGGGGGGGUCAGGAGAUGGUACAGAAUUCUAUUCAAAUAGAUGUACCAAAGUGUUUCCAUCCAAUUUGACAAGUGCUAGGUUAUCAUACACGAUCUUAAAAGAUUUAAAAACGUGAUUUAGGAAGAUAGUCUAUGUACAUCCACUUGACUCAAUUUAGGACGGCAAAUCACAACAAUUUUCAUUCAAUUCAAUUAAAAUAUGAAAUUCACUCAUUAUUGUACUGUGUUUAUUUGAAAGUUUUGCAAAAAUUUAUUUUUUCAAGUUUCAUUUCUGAAUAGUCAUAAAUUUCAAUAUGCCAUAUUUUGCAUUGAGACAAGUGACCAUAUUACAAUGCAAAUUUCUUCCUGAUAAACACCCAAUUUUCUAUUUGAAAAUGUGCAGGUGCAAAAUCCUUGUACACUGUAUAUAAUGAUUUGCCAGUGUUUAUGAAGCUUGGGUUAUUAUUGGACAGUUUUAUGGGAUGAACUUGAUGUAAAACUGCAUGCCAGAAGGGAAACACCAGUGGACUUGAACCACUCACAGCAAUGCAUAUCAAAUCAAACAGAUCAUGAUCUGUUCUAAGAGAUUAGCAAAACUGUUUCGCCUGAAGUGCUUUGAGAUUCAUUGCAUAGCAGUCUGCAUCAAAGAAAGUCUAAAUCAAGAAAUAAUACUAAAAUUGGGUAGUAAUCUAUUUAAGAAAGAGCUUGUUCUGCAAUUUAUCAUUAAUUUUUAACACAUUUGAGGAAACGAUAAAAAGGAUUACAUGAAGAGUAAUUAUAGAGUCAAAUUGUAAUUAUAUAGUAAAAAAAUUCAUUUGGGAUUAAGGUCACAUAUUGCUUCAACUUGAAAGAAGUUAAUUACUGGUGAAUGUGAGGGGCAUUACUGUCAUGCAGGGGCGGAAAUCUCUCCCAAAAGGUAGGGGGACAAGGGGCUGGAAAAUUUGACAAGCCCCCCCCCCCCCCCAAAAAAAAAAGGGUUAUCACCCCAAAUUUUAGGUCAUUUCGACGAAAAUAAAUUUGACAAGCAAAAAUUUUGUGGAGAAGCCCAUCGCACUUGUGUUGACUUGACAUUUUUGACAAGUGGCGGUUUCCGUCUAGCUGAUAAAUAACUGCUUUCUGAAAUAUUUUUGGCCCAUGUGCAUUCCCCUUCAUUUUUUCUCCCACAUCUCUACCCAUCCCUGCACUAUUGAUUUUUCCUCUUUCCCUGUCUAAAUUUAUAGCACUUUGCCCUGAAAUUGUUACUCUUCUCAACUUGUUCCUUCUCCAAGCUGCAGUGUCCGCACCCUCCCCCCCCCCCCGAUUUAGAUCUCUUCUUGCUUUUACCCCACCCCUCUAUUAAUUUCUUACUUUCCCAAACUCCAUAGCUGAACCCACAAGGGCAUGUUUAAAUUUGCGACAAGGGUUUUGAUCCUGAAUGCUCGCAGCUACAUUGCAACUUUUACUUUGUAUUAAAUUAACAUAAAAGCAAAGCAGUUUAUCUAAUGUCAAUUUCAGCAGUGGAAUUAUUUGAAGCAUGAUCAAUGCCAGUGGUAAUCUCCCCCCCUCUCGGGGGGGGGGGGGGGGGGUUAACAAAGAAUCAAGUCAGCUCAUACACUCUACACUCCCAAGACAUGCUCUACUGGGCAUUUUUGUUGCCCCUGCAGCAUUUGUAAGAAACCCUUUCCACACAAUGCCAAUUCAUUCCCUAUUCCUGGGGGCCGUUUCAUAAAGCUGUUCAUAAGUUAAGAGCGACUACUUCGACUGGUGAUCCUUUCAUAUGUGUUGAACCAUCGCCACUGAACGUUUUGGUGUAUACUAUUUACCACAAGGAUCAUCAGUCGUUCUUAAAGUCGCUCUUACCUUACGAACAGCUUUAUGAAACACCCACCAGGAUCAUUGAAUAGUGUUCAUAUAAGAGUGCCGAUUGGUUUGAAUUUCCCAUUGAAGUCUAAAAGGUCAAGAUAUGUAAUUCUGGUUAAGAAUAAAUAUUUUUUUUUAUUUAACAGGGA